UGGGUAAAUGUCGCAAACUCAAGGUUUGCUACGUAUGAUACCUAAAAUGUGUAGUAUACGUAACAAAUUGUCGCAAACGUCGCAAACCAUAUUAUAAAUAUAACCUCACUUUUCGGAUGUCAACUCGGACUCGCCUCAUCAUCAUAACAGAUAAAUUAUAAUAAUGUCUCAGGCAACUCAGAAACAGCAGGAAGAAGCGGAUGAAAUUUCGAAGAUAUUGAAUUUAUCAAAAGGAGAUCUUCAACUAGGGAUGUUCUUUUUUGGAUGUAAUAUUCCAUUCGCGGUAGUUGAAUCCGAUUUUUUAAAAAAGUUUGUCAAAACUUUAAAUCCGAAUUACUCGCCGCCUACCAGAAAAACUCUUAGUAAUUCUAUUUAAAAAAAAUUUAUAAUAAAAUGUUAACUGAUCAUUCAUCAAUACAGACAUUAAUGUUGAGAGGCCUUCCACCUAGAUUCAUUUUUAAAAAAAAUGUCCACAAAGCAAUAAUCAAACGAAUCAAACAAAAAUUCAAAGACUAAACACAUAGCGGGAACCAACUAGAUUGAGGUUAUAUUUGCUUCUGACCAUUACGAGUGCCUACGUCAUGAAAUGUAACAAACGUUGUGUAGCAAACUGGACAAGUUGUAUACACAUGUAACAUACGUAGCAAACUUAGGUAACAUACAUGAAGUAUGUUACUUACCCAU